AUGUUCGUAAAAGUUUGUGUGCUUGCCGUGCUGAUCUCCGUUGCUCUUGCGCAACGACCAACUCCACCCGCACCUUCAGAGUGCCAAAUCUGCGAGCAUCUGAUCGCUCAGGCUAGACAUCACUUCAACAACAAUGUUAAAAACGAGAAGGCUCUUCAGCAGGAGGAUAUCCAAGCCGGAGAUCGUGAUGGACAGACAUGCUUUGACAUCGGUGCAUGCACUAGCAUUCCCACUUUCCAGACUCGUCCUUAUCACACCAGACCGCCAACGAACCUUAGAGCUCAACGC